AUGGAUUCACAGACAGGGGGACGUCGAGGCAUCUCCAUCCUGAUCAUUAACCCAAAUACCUCGACUCAUAUGACCGAGGCGCUGAAGCCCAUCAUCGGAGCACUCAACUAUUCGGACGUCGAAUUCGAUUAUUUCACGGCGCCUGCAAAUGAGGCCGUUCCACUGCCAGACGGACUUGUCAUCGAUGGAGUGCCCAGUAUCAAUUCAGGCGAGGAUUCGGUCAAGUCCGCGUUACACUGCAGACCCUUUGUCCUGCCACUCGUUCCCAAGUACGACGGCUUCCUGGUGGCGUGUUAUUCCGCCCAUCCACUGGUGGGCAUUUUGAAAGAGGAAAUCGGGAAUAUCGAAGCGGAGUGUUUAUCGUCAUCGUCGUCUCGAAGGAAAUUUGUGACAGGGAUCUUCGAAGCUAGUAUCUCAACGUCUCUUGUUCUGAUCAGCUGCUUCCACCUUCUCGAUGACCAGGAAUUCACCAAGAUUCAAGGAGCAGAAACCUUCGGUAUUGUAACGACGGGAAGUGUCUGGAAGGCAGAACUCAGCAAAGCCGUCACUGAUAUGUUAGUCAGACCGGCGAGUAACCCGGAGGAACAAGGCCAGACGAACCGCUUCGCCGGAGUCGAAACUACAGGUCUGACCGCUGUCGAGCUUCAUGAAACCCCGCCGGAAGAGGUGAAGCGGAGGAUGGUCGAGGCUACCGAGAGAUUACUCCAGAAUACACCCAGCCGGGUUGGCGCGAUCUGCUUGGGCUGUGCCGGAAUGGCCGGUAUGGAGGAAGCAGUCAGGGCAGGGUGCGUCCGGGUGUACGGACGCGAAUAUGGGAAGAGUGUUAGAAUCGUGGAUGGUGUUGUCGCUGGCGUCGGUAUGCUGGUGUCUACUUGCAAGGCUGGUUUCUAA